UGGCUAGGGUCUCUUUAUGUCAAAGCUGCCACCAUGAGGCAUUGCUGCUACAAGCUGAGCCUCAGGUGGCUGCUCUGGAUGAAAGCCCCAGGCCUGCGUAUGCAUCUGGGUGGAAUGGUUCUGAGGAAGAGCCUAUAUUGGUGUAGCUCUUGGUUGAGCUAAGUCACCAGGUGAGCAGUCCAGGCUGGUGGUGGUGAACCUGACACAUGGGCCCCAGUGGUGUCUGUUAUCACUUAAAGCUCUAAAAGGUUCACCAGCACUACUCUAGGUUGACCCAUGCAUGUCACUCUGCCUUCUCUAAAUAUAGCCCAGUGGGCUGAGCUCAGGCUUAUUUUAAGGCCAGGUUGGAAGGUGGCCAGGCCUUCCCAAGCUCCCAGAGGAGCCACUGCUGCCUUUGUUCAUGCCUGCUGCUGGGCACCCUCAUGAGCCUGACUGUCCACCACUUGCUAUGCCUGAGGAGACCCAAGAAGACACUGUGGCACCAACACAGAGCCAGAAAACCAGGGGACCGCUGGCCCCUAGCCACGUGCCUGAAGUGCGGCUACACCGAGUGGAAUCCAUCAGCGACCUACACAGUGAAGGCUUGACACGCCCGUAUCUGGCUGAAGAAGCACAGCCAUGGGAUGAGUUGCUGGGUGUCUUGCCACCGUCGCUGUGUGCCCAGGCUGGCUGUGGUACAAUGUGCGGCCGUAGCGGGUUCCUGCUGCUGCUGGUACUGCUAGUGCUCACCUGCCUGGCACUCGCCAUCCUGGCUGUCUACUUGAGUGUGCUGCAGAGUGAAUCCCUGCGGGUCCUGGCACAUACGCUACGCACCCAGGAGGAGAUGCUGCUCAAGCUCCGACUGGCCAGCCUCAGUCAGCUGCGGAGGUUGAACUCCAGUGAAGCUCGAGCACCCAGCUGAAACUCUACUUGAACUGGGACGUAGUGGGUGAGGGGAAUAAAGCAGCUGUUGGCAGUCUCUCCUCCCACCACUGGUCUACACCACGUCCUUGUUGAGAUUUUUGUAGAAGAGACUGAUGUGACUUCACUGUCACCUACUUCUCCUGAUCUUUUCAGGCAUGGCCUAGACAAGCCUUCUGGUAUUAAGUAGGCUCUUAUGAGCUGGCCCAAGGUCAAAGGAUGGGGCACCAGCCUCCUGGCUCCUCUUGUGGCCUGUCAGCAUCCUCUGGGCAACCCUAACUAGCAGGGUAAGUCUAGAAAUAGCUGCCUCACUGCAGCCACCUACUCUGCCAGAUCUCUCAGCAAGAGUCCAGCCUCAGGUCUCAAAGAUAAGCUGGGCUCUGAGUUGGGGAGGCCCCACCCUAGCCUGGGCACACUACUUAAGAGGGCAGAGGUGAGAUCCCAGUGUGCCCAAGCCUGGUGUCCUGGAUGGGAGUAUGAGCAGAAAUAUCCAGCAGUCAGGACCACAGAGGCAGAACAUUAUAUUCUAUUUAAUUAUCUUUUAUAAUCUUUAAAAAUCACAAAAAUCAUUGCCGGGUAGCUUUGCCUCAACACUUGCCAUGGUGGUAUCUAUCCAGCUAAUGAUACCCUGAAGAACUGGGUUACCCCAAAGGAGCAAGGCCUAAGAAAGCAAAGGGACAGCCCCCUACUGCUUUUCCCAUAGCCCUGAGACAGGCACUCAUUUGGCCCUGCCUGAGAUAGGGCACGAAUAAGCCACAGGGCUGAGUGCAAGGAUAGAGGGCCGGGUCCCUUAUCCUACUCACCCAUCCUAUCUAUUUUUGGUUUUGUCUU